AUGGGGGAGGAAUUGCAUUAUGACUGGUUCGCUAGCCCGACAAAUAAUCGGGACUCAGGUUUACUCCCUCAGGCUACUCGGCCUAUUUCAGGGCGUGGCUUGCCAGUAGUAGAGGUGCAUUGGAAGCGUUCCACAGCGCUAAAGCUGCUAGUUUACUCCACCAUCGUCCUUUUGGUGGCUCUCUGCGGUCGACGUCUAUUACAGCACCCAUCGAAACAUGGGCGGAGGAUUGCGGAUGUCGACUGGGGUGGCGACUCUUCCUCGCUCUCGGACGAUGAUGAAAACAAUCCAUGUGGAGACCUGAGAAUUGAUGACCGUCAAACAUCACCCGGCGUCCACGACGAGUCUCCUCCACAGUCAGACGCAGCGAGCACUCAAGCACCAGGAACCGGAGCGGCAGAGGAAGGCGUCAGCAUCAGCUGUGAAGACGAAUCAUCUGGCGAUGCUGCGGCAGCAGCUCCAGAAGCAGCAGCAGAUGACGAGGAUGAUGACUCCAACAGCAACUGCAGCACUCCUAUUUAUGACAUUGUAUGUAGUGGUCAAGGUAGGACCAGCAACGAUGGCGAUAGCAAAGUCGCCGAGUCACACGAUGCUCCGGCAGCUCCUGGAAGGGAAUCCGUGAAAAGUAAAAUGGGUAGGCUUAGGCGUGCGAAAUGGAUGCGGCCGCUGGCUGGCUUCUUGGAAUCUGCUGGCAAGAAAAUAUCUAGCUUAGCAGCUCCAGAAGCAGCAGCAGAUGACGAGGACGAUGACUCCAACAGCAAUUGCAGCACUCCUGUUUAUGACAUUGUAUGUAGUCGUCGAGGUAGGUCCAACAACGGUGGCGAGAGCACAAUCGCCGAGCCGCACGACGCUCCGGGAGCUCAUGGAAGGGAAUCUGUGAAACGUAAAGUGGAUAGGCUUAGGCGUGCGAGGUGGGUGAGGCCGCUGACUGGCCUCUUGGAAUCUGCUGGCAGAAAAGUAUCUAGCUUAGCACCAAAGUCUGCUGUGGCAGCAAGCCCAGCAGCAGGAGGAGUAGCAGGUGAGACUGCUGCCAGCAGCUCAGAAGCAUCUCAACCUGAGGACACGUGGCGUUUUAACGCGAAGUUGGCCGUAGGCGAUUCGAGGUCGCCCCACUACAAAGAUUUGCAAAAACCUUAUGACUUCCCGCAUCUCAAAGCAGAAAACUAUACCGAGCUACGAAGAGAGCUACUGAAGCUUGCAGAAUCCAUCGGUGACCUCUGCUCUCCCCAUACCGAACCAUUUCAAGCUACGGUCAAGGCGGACUGCGAUAUAAGCGGCGUUGGGAGAGUGACCUUGUAUCUUCAGAUUGUGGAGGAAGAUAUGAUAAUUCAAGGCGCCUUAGGCCAAUUGAGGGGGAGAAUCGUUUCAGACAAUCCGUUUAGCAGACGGUUUCCUGAGAGGUUUACCCGCGAUUUGUUGGCCCUAGCGGAAGAGCUGAGCGUCACGGUUUCAGAUCAUGCGCAACAGAAAAAAAUGCCCAACGGCCGUACAGAAUUUUAUUCUACAAUGCUAGAAAAGCCAGCUGCUGCAGCCUGCACAGGCAAAGUUUCUUUGAAGAUAUUUGGGAUCAAAGCAGAUGCGGAGGAUAGCGCCGACCGCGACGGUGAACAGGGGAUGCCGAAAACAGAUGCACCAAUUCAACCAGGCAAUAGUGCCAGCGGCUCUUCUGCGGAUGAGCUUGUUGACGCAGUGCGAACUGUUCAGGCGACAGUUGGAGACGCUGCAGCAGCAGCUGCUUCAGAUGUAGCAACUGCAGAAACCGGCGGAGGCAUCAGGAGUGAAGCGUCCGAAGAGGCAGGCUCCCGCGAAGGAGCACCUCAACCCUUGCAUGGACGGCAUGUUGGCAUCUUUUUGCAGGGAAUGUCAUGGUUUGGCCGCAAAAAGUCCAGAAACGCGCCAGUUCCAGAGCGGAAAACAGGCCGCCUUUCUACAGUGCUGGAAAAGCAGGCUGGCGGAGCCAGCAUAGGCAAAGCUUCUCUGAAGACAAAUGGGAUCAAAGCAGAUGCGGAGGAUAGCGCCGACCGCGACGGUGAACAGGGGAUGCCGAAAACAGAUGCACCAAUUCAACCAGGCAAUAGUGCCAGCGGCUCUUCUGCGGAUGAGCUUGUUGACGCAGUGCGAACUGUUCAGGCGACAGUUGGAGACGCUGCAGCAGCAGCUGCUUCAGAUGUAGCAACUGCAGAAACCGGCGGAGGCAUCAGGAGUGAAGCGUCCGAAGAGGCAGGCUCCCGCGAAGGAGCACCUCAACCCUUGCAUGGACGGCAUGUUGGCAUCUUUAUGCAGGGAACGUCAUGGUUUGGCCGCAAAAAGUCCAGAAACGCGCCAGGUGAAGCACCUGCAAAGGCUAACGUAGGCGAUGAAAGCCCGCAUACCGGCUGGACGUCUGCUCCCAUAGCAGCUGCAUCGGCGACAGGUGCAGAUGAUGAAAGUCAAGCAUACGACGGUGCGGAAGGCUUGUCUGAUGAAGAAAUGAUUCAUCCGCUUUUCGGACCUGAAACAGCAGAGUCAGGGCCAACACGAGACCAGCGCGUUGGGGAUGAUUCAAACAGUGUUCAUCUUGAGCAGCUCGAAGACGUCGGCUCGCCGUUCGCUGGAAGAACGGCCGCCACGUACAGGGAGCAACAGCAGUCUGGUGUAAGCAAAUCGGAAGCGCCGUGUUCAAGUCCUGGCAGAACGUCUGGAGCGAAAAAGCAUUCUCUUCAAGAGCCUGCAGGAGCAACAGCAGCAACAACAGAUUAUGGUGCAAGCAGUGCACCCACCAACAAGCGCGGCCCCACCAAAUCGGGCGGACUACAUCCGCCCAUGCCAAGCAAAGAGCGACGCCUUUUCCGGUUCAAAAGAAAGUCUAGCCGCCAGAACGUGUCCUGUACGAGGGAAUCUGAAGUAGGGGGAAAAGCUGCAGAAGGCGUUGAAAGAGCUCCAGGACGUUGCUGGUUCUCUUUGCUUUGCACACCAGCAGCUAACUGCAGGCAAAGCGCCGCGAAGUGGAAUACCCUCUGA